GCAGAGCCAAGGCCUGAUCCACAGCCGUUGGGGCCUCUGGCACCGCGCUCUCGCCACCCGCCCCCAAGGACCACCAUGGACUUUCCCAAAUACAGCAACCCCUGGAACUUGACUGUUGGGUAUAACGUAACCAAUAGUGUCCUAGACGUCCUGCUGACGGUAUUUUACUUCAUGUUGGUUCUGGGAACCGGGAUGUUGGCUAUAUUGACAAACAGUCGUGGAACAAUAGAUGAUUUUUUCCUUGCUGGCCGAAAUCUUGCCUGGUGGUCGGUAGGUGCAUCUUUUUUUGCCACCCAUUUUACCACUGUCAAUAUUAUGAACCUGGCUGGAAAUGGAGCAUCUUCAGGGUUUGCUAUUGGGGCCACGGAGUGGAAUAUUUCAUUUAUGCUCUUUAUUCUUGGUUGGGUAUUUUCUCCUUUUUACAUGAAGGCUGGGGUAGCGACAAUGCCAGAAUAUAUGAGCAUGAGGUUUGGUAGCCGCCGAAUCCAGUGCCUCCUUGCUGUUCUGUUCCUAUUCGUCUGUAUUUUCCAUAAUAUCUUGGUGGAGCUGUUCAUUGGUACCAUGGCCAUAAGUCUUGUUUGGGGGAUGGAUGUUAACCUGAUUAUCAUAAUCUUGCUGAUAAUUACUGGCAUUUAUGCCAUCACAGGUGGUUUUACAGCUGUGGUUUUUAUUGAUGCAAUAUAUACAGGUAUACUGCUUCUGGGAUCAAUCUUGUUAAUGGCCUUUGCCUUUGAGGAUGUGGGAGGAUAUGAAGAGCUACAGGAUAAAUACAUCGUCUCUAGACCACAAAAUAUCAGCGAAGGAAACUGGACUGCCAACUCAAAAUGCUACAUACCACGCGUAGAUUCUUAUCAUAUCUUCCGAGAUUCCAUAACUGGAGACAUACCUUGGCCUGGACUCCUCUUUGGUGUCUCUAUCCUCAACUUGUACCGUUGGUGUGCCAGUCAGAUAGCUGUCCAACGAUGCCUGGCAGGAAAGGGCAUAUAUCAUGUGAAAUUAGGCUGUAUCUUUUGUGGGUACCUGACUCUUCUGCCCAUGUUCAUUUUCGUGAUGCCAGGAAUGAUCAGCCGUAUCUUGUACCCAGAUAAAGUGGCAUGUGUUAUACCUUCACACUGUGAAAAGCAGUGUGGUUCCACGUCUGGUUGCAGCUUUAUUGCUUACCCGUUGCUUGCGGUAGAGCUGCUGCCCACAGGUAUACUAGGUGUGAUGUUGUCUGCGCUAUGGGCCUCUCUUAUAUCCUCCUUGACUUCUAAUUUCAACUGUGCCUCCACCCUUUUCACAUUGGACCUCUAUACGCAGAUACGUCCUACGGCUUCUGAAAAGGAACUCAUGGUAACAGGAAGGUUUUUUGUCAUAGUUUUAUUUGCUAUCACCAUCGCCUGGGCCACUCUUAUGCAAAGUAUGUACAGUGAAGAAAUGUUUGAGUUUGUGAUGGGAACUACUAAUUACCUGGCAGCACCCAUUGCUGCUGUCUUCCUGCUUGCCAUAUUUUCCAGGAGAGUUACUGAGCAGGGUGCCUUCUGGGGAUUGGUUGGUGGAGUUCUGAUUGGUCUUUGUGGAAUGGUGCUCAAGUUUAUCUACAAACCCCAGGGCUGCAUGGAAAACAAAAGCAUGUGCCCGGUGUUCAUCUGCAACUUGAACUACCUCUAUUUUGUCAUAAUACUCUUCAUAGUCACUAUAUUCAUCAUCGUGGGGAUCUCCUCAUUCACACUCCCAGUUCCGGAUAAACAUCUACACCAGCUCUGUUGGACUUUACGAAACAGCCAAGAGGAAAGGGUAUAUCUGGAGGCAGAAAUCCAAAGGAAGACAUGCAUAUCGCAGGAAACGCCAGAGACAUUCAGGAAGGACCAGGGCUACUUCUGGAUAGCCUGGGAUGUGUUCUGUGGCCUGAAGCUGUAUCACAACUUGGUGAAAACAAAACCUGGUGACACCUCUGGAAGUACAAGGCAUGAUGAUAUAGUGGAGACAUCCCUCAUGAAAAAAACUACCAAUGCCGCUGCAAUAAUCUUGCUACUGUUCCUAGUCCUCUGUCACAUCUACUACUUCUAAAGCAGCUGGUACCCAGGGGCAGCUGGGCAGAACAGGCAAACCUCUGCCUCUCAGACUCUCUCAUCAUCAAGGGGAGGAAGUGUUUCCUAUGGGAGACCCAUGGAUGUGGGCCCAAGGAUUAUACUAAUGAAAAUGCUCCCUCGGUGUCACACAUCAAGUGCCACCAGCUGCAGGGCAUGCGUGCCAAUGGGACAGAGUGAAGUCCAUCCGAGAUUGCAGAGACUAUGCAAAUGAGAACAUCUGUUCCUUUACAAAGUGAGUCAUUUUCUCCAAAUGGCUCUACUGCAUAAACACUGACUUUCACUUUAAAUUUAAUUUUGGCUUUUUAUCUCUAGAUAUAUUUGGGAUUUCUGCUUGUGUUUACUUUGCUGUCACCAUUUCCUUCCUAUACCCAACCU